AUGGUAGAUUCCUCUAUACCUGGUUUGGUUCGCGAGCUGGGGGACAAGAUGGUGCUCUUACGUUCGAUGAAGCCGUUGGUCAUGUGGAAAGUGGAACAGUUUUGUGACGCCGUCCAACACGUACGGUGGAAUAUGACACAGGGUUGCUUCGACAACACCAUCUACAAGGUGCCGUACACCAUGCAAAUCGUGAUCUUACCAGCCAGUCCACCAGAAGAUGCAGCAGCAAACGACGAUGGAACCUAUAUCCACGUCUUCAAACAUGUGUACCUUCAUAGAAACAAGAUGACGGCACGGGAAUGUAUCGACAUGUGUUAUGGCAUCGCUCUUCGUUUCGACUGGGGGACGCAUACAAGGGCAGCACUCAUGGCGCUCCAUUACAUGAUCGAUGGUAUGGGUGGGAAACAAAUCCGUUGUUGGUUCGUGCAGCCUAAGUUUGAAAAGAAGGUGACCGUGGAUCAAUCCGCACGUGAUGCCGGGCACAAGUUCAUUCGCGACAUGGGUCCGAGAGCCAACAACCUCAACCAGUUCAUGGAAUGGGAUACGAAUAAGAUGACAGGUUGGACGGAGGGGAGCUUCACGGCAUGGUUUUUCGACGACGUGUUGGUUCACAUGUUGGGCUCACUCCGUCAACAUGCCAUUACAUGGAUUGGUAAAACUCUCGUGGGAAAGUCACUCGGAUCCAAGACGGUGUCUUUCUGCCAAUCGAAAUAUGAUAUUGAUGCAGUGGGGCGUGAAGAUCUUGUACCAUCGAUUGUUACGGCCAAGCAUUUGGACUUUUUUAAGUCCGAACCGCUCACCAAGCUCAAGCCUGGCAUCUUUGAUGACGGGAUGCUGCAAAAGAUGGAUUCUUCCUUCUUGAAAGCUUUCCUCAAUCCGUCCGCGUGCAACAAUCCAUAUGAUCAGAAGUUAGAUGAGUCCAUGUACCAGGAGAUGCAAAGAUCUAAAAUUUCCGGGAUCGCACACAACUCGUUCUUGGAGCUCAUCCAUCCAUCUUUUGAGGGGGUUGACAACAUGGAAGACAUGGCCGCGAUCAUUGCGCGCACACACAUCAUUGUCAUCACUGAGAAUGGCGUGUAUUGGCGUUUGGCGGGGGCGCAGAAAUCGAAUGUGAAGUUCGAGCCGUGGCCUCCCGGAGAACCCAUUGAUAUCCUCGCCCCAUCCCAGAAGCCAAUUUUCUUGGCCUACAAAAAGAAUCCCUCCAAUCACACGCUUCCUCCCAACUUUCACGAAGACAUGGUUUGGUCACAGGAAGUUCUGGGCAGGUUGUUUCGAGGAGAACAUGUACCCCGUAUCAUGACGGUGAGAGGGCGUAGUCUAUUUGGAGGAGAACCCAACCUUCCCCGACAAAUUCCACCCCGCCUGCUCGAUGAUGGCCAAGCCAAAGCCAAGAUCAAAAAGGAACAGGUGUCCACAGUGUUUCGGAGUCUGAAACGGACCGUGCAAAACGAUGUCUUCAGGAAUGUUUGUGGCAUCAAAAUUCUGCAUUGGUUCGGGUUGCCUGUUUCAGUAUCGGGUCAUGGGCCACAUCGUGUGUCUGAGCUGAACGACAUGAUCAAGAAGUUCCACGUCCAGUUUGUGCCAGUUGUCACAAAGCAUGUGGGAGUUGAUGGUAUGUACCUUUGUCAUCAGCAUGGUCAUUUCACAGGCAUUUGGUGCCGAGAGGGCUUCAUUCGAUAUUAUGACAAUGGCACUGAACAUGUCAUGAGCAUGAGUGGCUUGAACGAGCUGGUGCAAUCCCCUGCCGUGUGCAUCUUGCGCUUGGUGCAGCGAUCUUAUGUCAAGCUCCACACGUUCUGUGAUGCAGGUUCCCUUAUGCCCAAGCACAACAUCGAAGCUGUCUGCUACGACAUGACCGGUCCCCGAGACAUCAUGUACCAGUCCAAGGAAUGCAGCUCUAGGAAUUGCCGGACGAACUACUCGUACAACUUCCGUUGGAGUGAGGGCAAAAAGAUCAAUGUUCUUCGCUAUGAUGACAUCGCUGACGGCGUGCUCUUCGUCAAUGCCAAGAAAUGCUUCUCCCUUUCGUUUCUGAAGUAUCACGAGGAACUUCUGUUUCGAGGUCAGAUAUCGACACGAGCGAUUGAACAUGCCUACAAGACCCUCUACACCAAUGAAGACACCGAUGGGAAAAUCAUUGUUGACUUCCGAAAAUGCUACCAAAGUGCUCUUUUCUACUUCAUCGCGUUGAAGGAGUUUCAAAGUUUGGGUUUGCACAUGUCCCUCGUGAUCGACGAUGAAAUCAGCGACUCCAAUUUGGAAGUUUACAAUGCCUUUUGUCACUCCAGCAUCUUUCCACCUUCCAAGCGUGUGAAUGUGAAAUGUUUAGUAGGGGACGGCCAUCUCAGCCUGAAGCCUCGAUGUGCUGAUGGUCCCAUCAAGCGAGCCGGACGUCCGCGCACAAAGUCUAAGGCCAGAAAGUAA